AUGUCCAACGUGGAGAUGUGUGGAUGUACUCCAGUUCAUCUGGCCGUGGUACAAGGACGAGAACGAAUGCUUGAAAUGUUAAUCCAACAUGGUUGUGAUUUAAGGGCUAGAGACGAUUUAGGACGGACUCCCCUUCAUUUAGCUUCGCUUGAAGGAAAUGAACGAUCAGUGGAACUCUUAAACCGACGUGGGUGCGAUAUAAGUGCCCGUGAUAACUAUCAGAAAACUGCGCUUCAUUUGGCUGCAGAGCGUAAGGAGGAUACUGUUGUACACUCCUUGAUAAUGCCUGGAGGUGAUAUCCAGACUACAGAUCUCCGUAGACAGACCUCUCCAUUUGGCUGCGCAGAAUAG